AUGCAGUAUGCGGAGAGUGACUGCCACGGGCAACCACCAUAUUUGACAUCUGCGCCGUUUCAAGGCGAGCUGUACCCCGUGAAAAAGAUUGGAGUCACAAUCUGGAGCCAUGACCAGGGGUGGAUUAGUUAUCCUCAGGAACAUAGCUCCUUUAACAACUCUUGGACAUGGUUUGAUCUUAAGAUCACUAGACCGGCGGGAAGAGAUGACAUCUCCAAGGAUGCGAACUUGCGGCUGGAGACCAAUGUGCACGCAAGCGAGGACACCAUGUGCCAUGAGAUUAUAUACCGCAGUGAUCAGGACCUGCGGUUGGUUCAAAAUCUUGAACCUGGGGAUAGGAUCUCUAUCAUUCCUCGGGCGUUGUUUCCUGGCUGGACGAACUUUGUGGAAAACGCUUGCAUUGAUAUUUAUACUACGCCUGUUUUGAUAUAG